AAUCGUGAGUCAGCAACCCUGCCUCGAUCGAUAUUGCUUGGGUUUCUGUACAUUAGGUUACGUCGAAUAAAAAAUUGGUUUGUUAAAUGGUAGUAACUGAAGUAUGCACGCAAAAUGCUUGAUGUGAACGAAGGAUGUGGCAAGAUUGCACACCAUGACCCUUGGUCCGAGGACGGACAGAUUCAAGCCAGCCCCAUUGACGAUAUAGAAAACAAGACCAACCAGUUCGAGAACGACUUUGUCACUGUUGGUAAAUCCCAGCCUUCAGCCUCAAUCUCUCUGGAACCUUUGCCAGAUUCAGCCGAGUACUUAGCCCAUCUAGAAGCCAAAUUGAAUCGCCUCCAAACGCCAAAAGGAUCUCUCGUCCAGGACUUGAAGGCGCGACGUGAGGAUGAAAUGAGAAGAUUUCUCCAGGAUUCCCAGUGGACCCAUGCCAAUUCUGAAGAUUCGAGCCAAAAUCAAGAUAUCCAUAUUAAUCCGAUUCUGAGACGACUGGCCCCCGAGCGUCAAGCCUUGACCAUUGAAGAACAAGUUCGUCUUUUGGCAGCCGAUCAAUUGGAUUAUUGCGAACAAUCAGACUUGACGGAAUCAUGA